GAUUAUUUUCGCUGAGACACAUUUCAUCAAAACAUCAUGGCUGCUACUACUACUGCAAGCUCUGCAACUUCAUCAUCAAUUUUCCUCAAUUCACAUACGAAAACACAAUUUCAAUCAAAACCCAUAAGUUUAAUAAGCUUCUCAUCUUCUAAUUUCUUACAGAAGAGGAAUAAAAAUCUGAAUUUCCAGAGAAUGUCUUUGGUUCCAUCAAGAUUGGAGCUCAGGAAACAUUCAAAGGUGAGUGCAAAGAAAGAGAGUUUAUCAUCAGAUGAGGAACUCCAGUCUUUAGUUCCUGAUGGAGGAGCUUCUGUAGUGAAUCAAGAUGAAGUUUUCUCUUGGACUUCUGUGAUUCUACCGUUCUUAUUUCCAGCUCUUGGUGGUUUGCUUUUUGGGUAUGAUAUUGGUGCUACCUCAGGAGCUACUAUCUCUUUGCAGUCACCAGAGCUUAGUGGGACAACAUGGUUUGAUCUAUCGUCCAUACAGCUUGGUCUUGUGGUAAGUGGUUCUCUAUAUGGAGCUCUUAUCGGUUCUGUCCUCGUCUAUCCCAUAGCAGAUUUUCUAGGAAGGAGACGUGAACUUAUUAUAGCUGCUAUGCUAUAUGCGCUUGGUGGUUUAACCACUGGUUUGGCACCAGACCUUAAUGUUCUCAUACUAGGGAGGCUUCUCUACGGUCUUGGAAUAGGUUUGGCCAUGCAUGGGGCUCCGCUAUAUAUUGCUGAGACUUGUCCCUCUCAGAUUCGUGGAACUCUUAUAUCUAUGAAGGAACUCAUGAUAGUUCUUGGGAUACUGUUGGGUUAUCUUGCUGGAAGUGUUGAGAUUGAUGCCGUUGGAGGGUGGCGUUAUAUGUUUGGGUUCAGUGCUCCUGUAGCACUCUUAAUGGGAUUAGGCAUGUGGAGUUUGCCAGCAUCUCCACGCUGGUUGCUUCUCAGAGCAGUUCAGGGCAAAGCAUCAUUACAGGAGUACAAGGAGAAAGCAAUUGCAGGACUAAGCAGACUGAGAGGUCGCCCUGCUGGUGAUAAAGUAUCUGAGAAACAAGUAGAAGAAACUCUGGUCUCACUGAAAGAGGCCUAUGCUGAUGAAGCUUCCGAAGGCAGUUUCUGGGAGGUGUUCCAAGGACCGAGUUUGAAGGCGUUCACAAUUGGCGGAGGUUUAGUCCUUUUUCAGCAGAUAACAGGGCAGCCAAGUGUUUUGUACUACGCAGGGUCCAUUCUUCAGACUGCUGGAUUUGCUGCUGCAUCAGAUGCUGCCAGAGUGUCAGUUGUAAUUGGUCUAUUUAAGUUCCUAAUGACAGGGGUUGCUGUCCUAAAAGUUGACGAUCUUGGGAGGAGACCUUUAUUGAUUGGAGGCGUUACUGGCAUUACAGCUUCAUUGUUGUUUCUUUCAGCAUAUUACAAAAUUCUCCAGGGGUAUCCCCUUGUCGCUGUAGCUGCUCUGCUUCUUUAUGUUGGCUGUUACCAGAUAUCUUUUGGACCAAUAAGUUGGCUAAUGGUAUCCGAGAUCUUCCCCAUUCGCACAAGAGGGCGCGGAAUUAGUCUUGCUGUUCUAACAAAUUUUGGUGCAAACGCUCUUGUAACAUUUGCAUUUUCCCCAUUGAAGGAAGCAUUGGGGGCAGAUAAUCUGUUCCUACUUUUUGCCGGUAUUGCUUUAGUAUCUCUUCUGUUCGUAAUCUUCGUCGUGCCGGAGACAAAAGGUUUGAGCCUGGAGGAAAUUGAAUCAAAGAUUUUGAAGUGAAGAAGAUUAGCUUCAGUGCUUUUAGUAUCUCACUGAACAAAACACAUUCAGCCAGGAACUUCAUUUGUAUGUAAACUGAAAUUCAGACUCUUGAAUUUGUUGGACUUGUAAAUUUCUUUUUUUCUUUUUUUUUUUUGAAGCAUGCAAUAAUGUAAAAACCAACUAAAUUGUUAUUACACGUGGGAAUGUGAUUCUCAUAGAGUCGUUCAAAAGAAUUUGGUUAAGAAAAGCAUUUGGUUAAGAAAAGUCGGAUUCGUCUGUUCCCAAA